AUGGAAAAAUUCACUCAUCUGGAAGCUCUGCUGUUUACUGCUGUGCUGGAGAAUUGUGUUGAUCAGCUCUCAAUUCUUGGAUACAUCAUGCCAGUUCCGUAUGAGGGCAAGACAGACAUCAGCCACACUGGCAUCCAGGAAAUGAAAGAAAUCACAGAGACCCAAAAGGACCUGGACAUUAACUACCAAGAGCUUAUGUCGGCAAGGCCAGGGAGUGGGGGAACAGUUACCUCCAUGUCUCUGAAAAGCAUCAAACACAAGCAGCAGCUGGGGAAAACUGAAGAUCUAAAAAGUACCCAUCAUCUUUCCAAUAGAGCCAUGAAACACAGUGCUCUGUCUGUAGAGAAGCUCAGAAAAAUUCAGGCUGACAGGCAGUAUGCAAGUGAUGUAAUUACAGUCACUAUGAAAAAGAUGCAGGAAUCAGGAACAUUUAAUAGCCUAACAGAAGCUAAUGAGAGAGAGAAGGCAAAAAAGAGCAAGUUUCAUGACAUUCUCAUCAGGGAGGAGGAAGGAAAGAAGGAGAUAAAGUCACUUGAGAAACAGCUGCAAGAUGUCAAGAAACAAACUGAAAUAGAACUUCAGAACCAAGAUAGUAUGAUUGCCUACCUCAGAGACGAGCUCCAAGAGAUGAAGGCCAAAAUGAACACAGAGAGCUGCUACAUGAAGAAAAGCACAGACCUCCAGGUCCACCAAACACAGAAGAAGUGCAGCAAUGCAGAGAAUGCCCUGGACAAGGAAAUUCAGAAGUUGAGGAGCAAAACUGAUGAGGAGGUUCGAGUCCACGUGGAGAUUGAAAAUUUCCUCAGGCAACACCAUAAGAUGGUGGAAGAGAAGCUGGAAUACUGGGUGGACAAGUACGAAAAUGACACAGAUGCUAAAGAUGAAGAACUGGAUGCUCUAAAAGCAUCAAAGGCAAGCAACUUGGAAAUGCUGCAGAGACUUGCCAAGGAGUGCCAGAUGUUUGAGGAAACCAUCAUCAGUGACCGGGUGGAAAAGGAGGCUAAAAGAAGACAACUAGAGCAAGAUGCCCUGGAGCUGAAGUCUUGCUUCCAGCUGCAGGCCUGGUGGAGAGGUACAAUGGUCCGCAGAAACCUUGGCCCCUAUCAGGCCCUCAGGAAGAUUUGGGAGAAACAGCUAUCAAAGCAGAAAGAUAAAAGGAAAAAGGAAAAAGCUGGAGCAAAGAAAAAGACACGAUAA